AUGGCUCAACCCAGCCGCGUUGCUGAUAGUGAUGAGUCGGAAAUAGAUUCGGUCGAGUCAUUAAAGCCUCGAAAUUCUCGUCAGCCCACUACAAACCCAAAUCGAAAUCCCGUUUCUGCAUUGGCGCAUCAGAGUGGAGAGUCUGUCCAAGAUUCGAUUGAAAGAAAUGACAAUGUAGAUGAGGACGGAGAUGAGAUUGCCAUGGAUGGCGAAGAUGAGUCCGAGGAAGAAGUGGAAGACGCAGAAGAAGUGGAAGGCGCAGAAGAAGACGCAGAUAACACAAUCGUCGUCAUGGUUCCGGGACCCAGGAACCCCGACGAAUACGUUCCCUAUCAAGACGACACAGUAUAUUCGGUACUUGAGGAGAUAAACGGUUCGGAUGGCGAGACAUUGUAUCGAGUAGAAUAUGAAGAUGAGAGACAAGAAAACAUCACGUUCAACAGGCUAUCUCACCUUCCAAAUGGCAACAAUGCUUUGAAUGAGUUUAGAAGCAGAGAAGCCUCGGAGUCGAUUACGGUUGAUGAUCCAUCAAAUUCCAGCCGGAGCAUGUCUUCCAGAGUUGGCAAACGCACUCGCCGACAGCUAACUGACAACAACUUUGUCGACAUCAGCAGCAUUCAGCUAAGCUCUGACGAUGACAGGCUCCCGAAAAAUGCAAAGAAAAAGCGUCGUCUUGUGAACAACAUGUCAACUGUUGAAAUUGAAAAGACACGCCGAAGUACUCGUGCUGGAAGUCGACAGUCUUCGCGACCCAUAUUUGAUGACGAUGAGGAGGACGAGGAUGACUCGGAAUCGGGACCUGUUCUUUCAAAUGGCCAUGGCUCUCGAAAAUCAGGACGUACAGCAACGAGAUCUGCUGCUCCCAGAAAAGCAAAUACUCUCGCCAAUUACAUGGAGGACGAAGAGGAGGAGGACGAGCUUGCUGGUGAUUUGCAAGUUGAAUCUGAAGGAAGCGAAAUUGCAUAUGCUAAACCUAAGAGACGACGCGCAAGUAGUGCUCGAGCCUCGAAGCCUGACAAGCGUGGACGGCCACAAGCCCAUGGUAUUAAAUCUGAUUAUAGUUCUAAGUUACCUACAGAGCUCCCGUCUCGCAUAUCGAGGCGUGGAAACAAAACUGGCAAGAACAUGGAAGAAGUUGACAUCGACGAAGAGGUUUAUGCUGACGAAGUAGCUGGAAAGGCCGCACCUAAAGUCAUAAGCAUUCGAGAGAUCUAUCGACCGGUAUCCGCGAAGUCUUCCUUUGCUUUGGUUCAUGACCAAGACUGCGAUGUUUGCGGUGGAACCGGCAAGAAUUCUAACAAAGGACGAAGUGAACUGAUUUACUGCCAAGGAUGCUCCUCGUCGAUACAUAGAAUUUGUCUAGGAUAUCGAUCAGGUCGGGAACAUAUGGUCACUAAAGUUGGCGACGAACAUUUCGUCAUGCAGUGUCGACGCUGUAUCGGUCUGUCCGUCAAGAAAGAUCCUCUCGCCCCUCAACUUGGUGCUUGUAGUAGCUGUAAUGAGCCUGGAGCAUCCUGUGCUGCAUUCUCCGUAAAGAAAACCGCGAAGCAGGAAGAGAAGUUGAGGGAGGAAAAUAACGGCGAUGACCCAAUCACCAAUGUUCGCGAAGAUCUUGUCAACAAUCCAGAAAACGUUUUAUUCCGAUGCCGAGGGUGCCAGCGUGGAUUCCACUUUGAGCAUCUACCAUCACGUUCUGAGAAAUCGGUCAUUCCAAAGAAAUCGGAAGAGACGCGCUUCAAGAGAAUACAAGAAUACACUAAGGACUGGCAGUGCAAGGAGUGCUAUCGGUCUAUUGCUAAAAUGCAAACUUUAGUUGCAUGGAGACUAUUAGACCCCAAGUCUUAUAAGAAAGGCAGUGUAUUCGAUGAUUAUCGCGAAGAUGAGAAGGAGUAUCUCAUCAAGUGGGAGGAUAAGUCUUACUUUCAAUGCUCUUGGAUGCCUGGAUCCUGGGUUUGGGGUGUUGCACCGGCUACAAUGCGGAAAGCUUUCAUUCGUAGAGAUGAGGGUGCUAAUUUGUUACCAAAAUGGACCAUUGAAGAGGCCAUUUCGGAGGAAUACCUACGAAUGGAGAUUAUUUUCGAUGUCGAAUAUGACAUGUCCUUCAGACCAAAGUCCGAGGAACACGACAAGGCUCAUAUCAACGACGUUGUCCAGGUUCUAGUCAAGUUUAGAGGAUUGACCUACGAUGAAUCUGUUUGGGAGGAACCACCAUCCCCAGAUGAAGCUGACCGCUGGAGUGACUUUGUCUCAGCUUACAACGAAUAUGUUAUGGGCAAGUACUUCAAGCAAUCGCCUGCAAGCGCUGUAAAGGAGCGUAUUGAUGCAUUUCGUUCUCUAAACUUCGAGAAGAAAGUUGUACUGAAGAAACAACCUGAUUCGUUGAUCGGUGGCGAGAUGAUGAAACAUCAAUUGGAAGGCCUAAACUGGCUACUGUUCAACUUCCAUCAACAAAAGAACGUUAUUCUGGCUGAUGAGAUGGGUCUUGGCAAGACAAUUCAAAUCGUCGCCUUGAUCGCGUCACUUGUGAAGGAUAAACCAAAGUGCUCCCCUUUUCUCGUUGUUACACCAAACUCGACUUGUCCCAAUUGGCGUCGAGAAAUAAAAAAAUGGGCACCUGGCCUUCGGGUCGUUGCAUACUAUGGUGCAAGGUCUGCUCGCGAAAUGGCCAUGAAGUAUGAAAUGUAUCCCAAUGAUUGCUCUGAUCUCCGUGCUGAUAUCGUGGUAACUUCAUAUGAGGCACCAGUCGACGACUCCAGCAGAGUCUUCUUCAAAAAAGUCAAAUGGGCUGGCAUGAUCGUAGACGAGGGCCAACGGCUGAAGAAUGAUGGAAAUCUUCUCUAUGGUGCUUUGAAAGCCUUGAAAAUACCAUUCCAAGUUCUUCUUUCUGGCACACCAUUGCAGAACAACAAACGAGAGCUUUUUAACCUUCUACAGUUCUUAGAUAACUCUAUUGACGCCGCGGAGUUGGACGAAAAAUAUGCUGAGCUAACAAAAGACAAUCUGCCCGAACUUCAUGAGCUUAUUCGACCAUUCUUUCUCAGGCGUACCAAGUUACAAGUGUUGAAGUUCCUGCCUCCCAUGUCACAGACAAUCAUACCAGUCUCUAUGAGCUCUCUACAGAAACAGCUUUACAAGUCAAUCUUAGCAAAGAAUCCCGAGUUGAUCAAAUCAAUCAUCGGAAAAUCAGAAAGGGCCCUCCGCCCCACAGAAAGAGGAAAUCUGAACAACAUUUUGAUGCAACUGCGUAAAUGUCUUUGUCAUCCUUUCUUGUACAGUUCUGCUAUCGAGGAGACUUCAUUGAGUCAUGAAGCCCUUCAUCGAAAUCUAAUCGAUGCCUCCUCUAAGUUUCAAUUAUUGGAAAUCAUGCUCCCGAAGCUGCAAGCUCGAGGACACAGAGUUCUGAUCUUUAGUCAAUUUUUAAAGCAGCUUGAUCUCGUCGAAGACUUUUUGAAUGGUCUCCAACUCCCUUUCAAGCGUCUAGACGGUACCGUCAGUACGCUUGAGAAGCAAAAGCGCAUCGAUGCAUUCAAUGCGCCCAACUCAGAACUUUUUGCGUUUCUCCUUUCUACCAGAGCUGGUGGUGUCGGAAUUAAUUUGGCGACUGCAGAUACCGUUAUAAUCAUGGAUCCUGACUUCAAUCCUCACCAGGAUAUUCAAGCUCUCUCUCGAGCUCAUCGCAUCGGCCAAAAGAAAAAGGUACUUGUCUUCCAACUAGUGACUAAAGAUAGUGCAGAAGAGCAAAUCGUACAAGUUGGUCGUAAAAAGAUGGCUCUCGAUCAAGCUCUUAUCGAAAGUAUAGAUGUGAAGGACGAUGCUGGGGACAAUCUUGAGGCAAUUCUUAGACACGGCGCUGAAGCGGUUCUUCUUGACGACAAUAGCAAAGAUAUUUACUACGAUCCGGCAUCAGUUGACGAACUCCUCGAUCGAUCUCAGGUCGAGAAUACUACUAAUGAUGAUGGCACCGCAGAAUCUCAAUUCUCACAUGCUCGUGUGUGGAUCAAAGACAAGGGUGAUUUGGUAGAAGAUUUCGGAGACACAGAAGACGAACCGGCUGCUCCAAAGGCGCUAUUAUGGGAUGCUAUAUUAAAACAGCGUGCGGCAGAUGCAGCCCUUGAAGCUGCCAAGAAUAUGCAAACGUUUGGCCGUGGAAAGCGCGCCCGACAGACCGUUGACUACGAAAAGUCACAUCCUGAGCUAAUGGAUCUGGAUGAUCCCGAAGGCUCGCCACGAAAAGAUGGUCGCCGGACUCGAAAAUCUGAUAGCGAUGACGAGUUUAGCGGAAAUGCUGCGAGGGAUUCCGAAGCUGAGUCCGACGCAGAUGAAGUCGCCAAUGCCCGAGAACUGGAAACAGAACAAUCAAGCGUCAAAGAUGAUAACUAUACUGGAGACCAAGAACCGGCGAUCGCACUUCAGAAGAUUUAUACAGACCAAGAAAAUUGGCAACAAGUGAGCACUAACAACCGGCGCGUCUUUUUCAACACUCGACAGAUACAAGACUGGAUUGAUAUCGGCCACAAUCUCCUCGAAAUUUGUAAGAACAACAUACAAGGAUUGGUAGCAUCGAAUCAAAAUAAGCUCGAUAUCGAGGAUCAAUACAAGUAUCUGCAAGAGCGUAUUCGAGAAGUUCUCGAUCAACCACUAUGGUGGUUUAGUCAAGAAGAAGAAAAGGUUCGACUAUUUUGGCAAGAGCUCUCUCCACAAUUGGUGGAAGAAAAUCAUCAACUGCAGCAAGACACCGCACAUUGGGUACAAGCGAGAAAUCAAUUAGUACCACCACAGGAUAAUCGUGCUUUAGACUACUCACGGCAGCUACAGGAAUACCAACGACGAUCAGAAGAGUGGCUUGAUCAGGGUAGCAAACUCAUCGAACGUCACAAUGAACUCAAACAAUACUGCGAACCAGAGUUACAGAAGCGAGAAGAUCCAACAUCGCGAUAUGUUGCGCUUUGUAGCGAAAUAAAAAAGUUACGACUGGUUUGUGGCAGUGAAAGAAAGAGACUUGAGGAGCUGGUUCGACCAUCCGGGGACAAUCCAGGGAAGUAUAGGCAAGAAAAUCGUCAAGUUGAAGGAAUGUCUAUGGCUUCAGAUCCACAGAAAUCAGCAAUCCAGCAUCAUGGACAACAAGAACCUCCCAACGGCGAGACGAGGAAGCGAGCACCCUAUAAGAAACGCAAAACAGCCGAAAGCGAGGCAGUCGACAACUCUAUCAGAGACCAGCUCGUAGAAGCCGGAACUCCUUUUCUAAAAGAGCUCGAAAAUGAUUUUGCAUAUCUGGACAACAAUCCGCUAAGUCUUCCAAUUCAUGACAACAAUGAAAGUUACUACGAAAAACUCAAGGAUUACGUGCAACGAAUUGAAAAGCGGGUACAGAGAUUACAGUACUAUCAAGAAGCUUUCGACCAACAAUUUCGAAUUUAUAGACCACGUGACGCAGAACGAGCCAAACGUGACUUGGCUUACAAGAAACGCAAAAUAGCUGAGAAAAAGUCGGGUGUCAAGUAUUUUCCUAUUGAGGAUCACGCAGCACACAUACAAAAACUUGAUCAACAGCUACGAGAAAGUGCAGAAAGUCAACUACAGGCCAUGAACUACGCCGUUGGACUGUUGAAAGCAGAGGAACGUAAUCGAUCGGAGCAAAGCUUUCACAAAGCACCAUAUCCAGCAACUGUACCAGGAUUCGCGGGAUCAUUCCAUCAAGGAACGCCGUCUAGAACACCAGUAGAGGAUCUUCAUAGAAUGCCCAUGCCAGUUACCGAUCUACAAUAUCCGCCAUCACAUUUCAAAGAAUCGCCUAAAAUGCCUACACCACUUGCCGCAUCAUCUGGUCAACAUGCAAGAGAUCCUAUCCAACUUGGUUCGGAAUUCAGUGUUUCAAACAGAUCUAGUCCAACUAGUCGAUUGAUUCCAGCCAUAGAGAUCCCUGUGAAACGUAAACGAGGUCGCCCUCCUGGAUCUACGUCACAUCAGCGGACUUCCUUGUCAUCAAUGCCACCAAUCCUUCCAAGUCCAUCUCGGCCUCAGGUACAGUCUUGUCCAGACUGUAAUUUUGCUUACUCGAAGCUGAUACCUGCAUGUCCCAACCACGCUCCUACUGCAAAGAUUCGUCUAAUGCUCGACAAUUUGAAAGGUAUCAAAGACGAUUCUCAGCAAGUGGCAGCUGCAAACAAGUUGUUGAAAGAAGCAUUGGCAUCAAAAUCUGCUGCUCAAACUUCCCUUCGAAAAUAA